UCCCUACCAAAUGCUAAACCAUCACUGUUUGCAAUGUACUUCAGAAAUCACAAGAGAGGACCUGCGUGUCAUACACGUGGUGGGUGACUUCCAGGAGCUGCUGCUCGUUACAGAACUCACCAACUCCCACGCGGUGACCAGGUUCAAGAAAGGGAGCGACUGGGGUUUGGUGGGAAGGACGGAAAAAGUAUCCAAUGUAGUUCGGAGCGGAUUACUGAUGUCAUUUCGCUCAUUAGAGGACUCCGACCUUUCCCUACUGAAAGUGUACAUCGUCUCCAACUGUAGGGCUGUGAAAGAGGCCACUGAGCGAGACGAGAAGAAAUGGAAGUAUGCACACUGUGACACCACGCCCUGCCAGCUAUACCGAGGUCGCAGAUCCAGACACCUAGAGGGGAGGGUUACGGAUGGUGAAGACAUUCGGGUGAAGAUACAUCCACCGUUCCUUACGUUUGAGGACACGUUGGACACUGACAGAUUUUACGCACCGUUCCGUGUUGAAGUUAGUCAAAACCUCUGGAGGGACACUACCGCGCGGCUACACUUGCAACUUCUCGAGGAGAUCGACGAUCACACAAAGGAGUCUGUUUCGGAGCUGAUACUGGGCCGCUACAGGCGACAAGAGGGAACUGACAGUGGUCAUUCGACACCAACAAAGCUGCAGGGGCCACCGUUGGAUACACCGACUACUUCAGGUACUAUUAGAGACAAGACACAAAUUGAGAGCGGUGUAGAUCUUCCAUAGCAUCUAGAAGUACAUGUACUAUUAUAGUGGCUCAAACAUAUAGAUAAAACAGUCUUUAUUUUCUUGUACUUGUAUACCCCAGGAUAAAGUCAAGUAAGUGAAGUGUAUUUGAAUAUUAAUAUCACUGCAUGUACAUCUAUUUACGCCACACGGCCCAACAAGUACAGCAAAAAUCCAGAGGGUAAAAAACAUAAUUCAUACAAAUUACAAAUCAAGAUAAAUUCAUACAAUUCUAAACACUUAAAAAAUAUGCAAUUUCAACAAAGUUUGUCAUGCGUAUUGUGAAAGAAGGUAAAAAGUGGCAGUGCAUGUACAAACUCAGUAAACUGUUGUGUCAUUUAUACAUGAAUGUCUGAUCCAGUACCUUUUGUACACUCGUGUUGACGUACAUGUAAGCCAUCUUGACUAGCUGCAUUCUAUUUAUGUUUAUUCCAGUUAACAUGGACGGCUAUUUCGAAACUGUCGUCAAUAACGUGAACUACAGGUGGGCUGACUUGGCUCGCAAACUGGGGUUCACACGAGGCGAAGUCAAAGCAAUCGAAAAUGACAACCUGCGAUAUCCUGGCCCUAAGGAAAAGUGCUGGGAAAUGCUUGGAGUUUGGGAAAACAGAACCAAGAGCCAAGAUCCUUUACAGGACCUGAAGCAGGCUCUGAUAGACAUUGGUCAGCGGCGGACAGCAAAGUCUUUGGGAGGUGUGUCUUCUAUAUUGUCACCAUGCAGUACUAAAAUUGUAAUCACGUAACAUUCAUCAUCAUCAAUACAGACGGACAGUUGCCAUCGGAAUAUACAGUUGUAUGUACUCGAUAUCAUCAAACAACAUUUUUCUCUCUCAAUUUUCUAUGAUCGAAACUGUAAAUAAGUGGCCAAGCUUUCUUAUGAGAAAGAGCAUGAAAAUUGACCUUACUAAUAAUGAAUAACAAAGAAUGAAUAAAGAAACUGGAUAUAAUUCUCCAAAGGCUCAGACGAUUCAGAUAGCACCCAGCAAUGGCAUGAUAUGACAUUCUACACGCAUUUCUAAUGUCGUCUUUUUUGAAAGGAUUACAUUGUGUUGUAGGUAUGGCGUCUUCAUAAGACAAAAUACCAGUGAAGACGAGGAGGGGUUCGUUGAGCAGCUUGUUCAUGAACUCCUUCGAUCCGGAAGGCUGCAGAAGUCUGACGUCUUCUACGACAAGCAUAGCCUGAAAUCUGUAAAAUGCAGGGUCAAGACUGGAUAAACAAAAACAUCUUCCCCAACUGAGAAAACAAAAACUACCUCCUUUCAAAGAAUAUACGUUAAAGACCUAACCUUUGUAGCAUUCCUGCAAAUGUACUGAGCGUUUCCAUGAUCUUGUACGAGUGGAUGGACCUUUCAUAUCAAAUUACUCUUUUUCACCAGAAAAUGAAACCAAAGCAAUUUGAGCAGGUAGCACUAAUAGCUGUUGUCCCAAACAUCUUGAUAUACCGGUGUCAUCUUAUUGUAAGUUUUGAAGAACUUGUUUGAAAGUUGCUGUCAUAAAUAAGUGUUUGUAGAUAAACAAUGUCGAUAAAUUGCUAGCUUUGUAUGGUGUUUUCAAUUUAUUUUUUUUACUUUAUAUUGCCAUAUUAAUAUUGUAAAAUAAAACGAUUUAUGAAUGAGUGUAGACGAUUUAGCCAAUGUAAAUUCCAUAUUAAUUAUAUUCAAGGGAAUUGAUACCUAAUCAAUGACCAAAGACAGGAGCGGAUGUAUAACAAUGGCCGUUUCUCUGUGAAGAAUUUCAUCGUGUUACUAAAUUAAUAUGGCCAGAUCAUAAGAUUUCUGUAUACGUGUAUCAUAACAAAAAUAUGAUACAAAGAAUCUAAUCAUUUCAUGGCCAUUUCAUUUUGUGUUCAUUCGAAGGCCCUAUCGCAACAAAUGGCUAAACAAUACAACUUCUCCUUGAUGUUUCAAACUGUUCAGAUGUCAGUGUCUACAAACACUAAAUGAAAUGCAAUAUUUUAUACCAAAUGAUUGACGAAAAGAUUCAAGAGCUUUGAAUUCUUCUAAACAUUCCAGAAAUAAUGAGAAAAAUGGAGUGUGCGGUGUUUUAAUGCUCACAUAGAUAUUUUUUAUAGCCAAUAUAUUCUCAAAGUAGAUUGUACAGAAUCCUUUUUAAGUUUUUGAUUGUGGAACCAUUUGGUGUGAAAAGUGUGGAAAAUAGUGUGUUGUAAACUUAAGACCAGAGCAAAUAUGUGAACAACAAUGAAUUGAUACAGCUGAGUUUUGAAACAAAAGGUACAUUUGGAUGACUUAGUCAUGGCUUUGAAAAAGCCAUUCCCCUUUGUCAUAUCAAAUGUACAGAGAUGUGUGCCUCUAGUACCUCUUGUUAACAAUAGUUUUAUAAGAAAUUAAUGUACAUUUAAGAUGACCAAAGCUUUAUUUGCAUCAAGUUUCACUUUAUACAGAUGUUCUUAGUGUUAGAAAUCUGUUGAAAAUACUUUACUUCAUUGUGUGUAUUCUGUAGCUUCCACAUGCUAAUGAGUUAUGUCCGAACCCACACAGGUACAUAACGUGAUUACAACAAAUUGCAGUUCAAGUAAAUGUAUGUAAUGUAUGUGAUUUGUAAAAUUGCUUCUCUUCAGAACUCAGCAACUAAAACAGUGAAACCUUCAACAGUACAUGCAUGGAGUUCUUACAACAAACAAUUGUACCAUAUUAAAUGUUAUACCAACUGUGUAGCUUUCAAACUGCUCUUUAUUGUUUCACAUUUACAGGGACCCAAUUUUGUGGCAGGAACAGAAAGGAGGCAUUUGCAGUGCAUUUACUUUAAAGUUCCAAGUUGGAUACCUGAGUUGAAACAGUAGUUCAGUAUUAAGUAAGAAUGAGCACAUGGUUAAUCAGUGUGUGGAGAGCAGUUACUAAGAAAACCGCCAAUGUUCUUGCCAAGUCAGCAUAUGGGGCCCCUACGCUGUGAUUUGGAUCCCCUUUGCUGUCAGUUGGGCCCCUACGCUAUGCUUUGGGGCCCUAUGCUGUGAUUUGGAUCCCCUUUGCUAUGAUUUGGGCCCCUAGGCUGUGAUUUGGGCCCCUACAGUGUGAUU